AUGUGGAUACUUGCGGUUUGGCUUCUUGUGGGAUUAGCCCGUGCCGAAUCCCCGCCUGAUGCCACAUUGGAAAGUUUUCUGAAUGAAACCAACCAGCAACUGGCUGUUAUCUACGAUCAGGCGGUAUUGGCACAGUUGUUGAAUGAGCUGCGCGGGCCGAAUGAUUUGGUGGCUCUCCUGGAGAUCGAGGUCACCGAUGACAAGCUUAUGAAGUAUGUGAGGACCCUAACUACCCGCAAGGCCAAGUUCAAGCGGUUGGGAUUGGGUGACGCCCGCCAGCGGAGGCUACUCGACAAAAUCCCCCAAUUGGGCUAUGAGGCUCUGAGUGGCAGAGACUUGAAGCUGGUCUACGCAUUGGCCUCCAGUAUGAGCGAUAAUUACCACAAUGUAAAGCUGUGUGCCUACAAGCAGCCGGGCAAUUGCACUCUAAGACUCAUACCCGAGGUUCAAUCCAUAGUUCAAGGAAGCCGAGAUCUAGACGAGAUCGAAUAUUACUGGUUCGAGUGGCGAAGUCGCACGGGCUUGGCCACCAGAUCUCAGUUCGUUGAUUUUAUGGAUCUGUACAAAAAGACCGCCCAGCUGAAUGGGUAUCCGCGUGCCGAGGACUAUUGGUUUCGAUCCCUGGAACUGGAUGGCCGGGAGACCAUGACUCUGCUGGAUAGGAUUAUGCAUGGCUUGAGACCUCUGUUCCUUCAAUUCCACGCCCAUGUCAGGGGAUCGCUGCGGAAGAUGCAUGGCGAUCAUUUGGUGCCCAGGAACAGACCCUAUCCACAGCAUUUGGCAGAGGUCUUCAUCGGAAAUGCUUUCAGGCGGGUUCAGGCCGAAUGGUAUGUGGAUCUGCCAUCGCCGGAGAUUGGGCUGGCUAAUAUCACCCAGGAGCUGCACCGUCGAGGAUUGAGCACCACUCAACGGGUUUUCUGGAAUGUGGCCGAGUACUUCAGAGCUCUGGGUUUUCCUCAGUUGGAGAACUCGCUUUGGACAUAUGCCCAGAAGGUGUCCUCCGAUGAUGAUGACCGCUGCUGGCACAAAGCCUGGCGAUACUAUGCUCUGCCAAGGACGAACUUCACCUACUGUCCUCUGAACGACGAGGAGCGCUUCUUCAAUAUGUUUGAGGCGCAGUCGGACUUGCAAUACUAUCGAGCUGCCUCGGUUCAACCAACUUUGCUCCAGGAGGAGCCCUUUCCCAAUUUUAGCGAUGCCAUCGGGAAGUGCUUCUCCAUGGCAGCCAGUUCACCGCGAUUCCUUAGGAAACUGGGCAUUCUGAGGGAAAACAAGUGGAAGGAGCUGCCCGCCCGUUUGAAUCGCCUGUAUAUUCAGGGCUUGAGGGUUGUGUUCCUGCUACCCGUCUUCUAUGUACUAGAUCGUUACAGAGUGGAAGUCCUGGCAGGACACAUUAAGGCGGAUGAUAACGAGGCCUACUGGAGGUUUACAGAACAUUAUACCGGAGCUGCUGCUCCAACCAAACGAACCAACGAACAGUUCGAUGUGCCGGCCAAACUUCUUAUGGAGGUAGAUGACCAGUAUGCCAGCAACUUUCUGAGCAUUGUCCUGCAGUUCCAACUGUUGAAACACUUCUGCACCAAAACGGGCCAGUUUGAAUUGGGCAAUCCCAGGAAACCCCUCGACCUGUGCGACCUAUCCGAUCAGCGAGGUAUUGGCGAGGUCUUGAGACAGGCCAUGUCCCUGGGAUCUUCGGUUCACUAUAGGGAGGUGCUAAAAGUUCUUCUUGGAGAGCCAGAGAUCAGCAUAGAUGGACUGCUCGCCUACUUUCAACCGCUUCAAGACUGGUUGCAGCUCCAGAAUCAGGAAAAAAACCUGGAGGUGGGCUGGACAUAAUUUAAGCAUUUAAGUAGCUCUGGAGCUGUUUAAACACUUAUUGUAAAUUAUUUAAUCUAAAACAAAUAAUAAUUAUAUGACAUUUAAAAAAGUCUUUUAUAAGACAUCAUCUGUAAAAUUACAUUCGAAAAUUAAAACUAAAUAUGUUA